UGUACCCCCCGUGUCCCAAUCAGGCGUGUGUGCGUGUUUACCUUGCCCGGAGUUCAGAGUGCUCUAAGACACUCACGACAAGUGGCGCCCGAAUUCAGGGACUCCGAAGGUCGCUUAGGAAGAAAAUGGAAUUCAGCAGUGGGUCCCUGGACGAUGGAUCAGGAUCCGCGCCUCCAGACCCUGUUCGCCAGCCCCGGAGACAACUCCCCAAGGAACCGGAACCGUGCCUUCAGAAGCGAGCCCGAAACCAGCUAGAGGCUGAAGAUGCUGAGCUUGUUCCUAUCGCAGCCAUGGCCAGAUUACAGCUAAGAAAAUCCCGCCGCUCACAGCGACCAAAUUUAAAUCCCCUCCCUACAUGGGGACAAUUAAAGAAAUUGACCAUAGAAGGGCAACGGCUUGUCCUUCAAGCAGGAAAGCCUUUAAACCCUGAAAACUUGUUUUUAGCUUUAUGUGCCUUGCUCACUGUUGCGUCGGGGACUGAGGUACCUCCACAUUCGUACUGGGCAUAUAUUCCAAAUCCCCCUUUAUUAGAACCUGUAAAAUGGGGAACUAGUGAUAUUUUACUUUAUACCACACCUAGAGAAAUUUUGUCAGCACCGUGGGCUGAUUUAACCCCCCACAAUCAAGAUGAUGGGACAUUAUUCAAUUUUACUUAUUAUGGUAAUCAAAGGCCUAUUUGCAUUGGGGAACCGCCUUGCAUCCCUCUGGGAUGGCAGUAUUGGAUUCAACAUGGAAUAAAAGCAGGCAACAAAAGAACAAGGCUUCAAGCCUUGGCUGCUCAAACCUUUAAUGUUACCUGGAGAAAUUUAACAGCACCUGAUACAAAUACAUUUCCUGUAUGCCCUGAAUUCACUUAUAAAAAUAUUUCUUAUUAUCCCAUAAUUUGGCAACUAUGUAUGGGAAAAUUUGCUAAAAAUAUUGAUGGGUAUAUUAUUUGGGGACCAUUUGGAAAAUUCGUUAAUGGAUGUGCUGAAUGGAAUGAGACAAGAUGUAAUCUCUCUGUUGUGUAUAGUCUUCCAGAUCCAAAGAAAAUAACUGACGGAGCUCCUAUAUUUCAUCAGAAGACGGCUCUUUUGUGGUGGGGAGAUGGUGGAAUCGCUAACCCUGCUGUUGCAGCCGAAGAAUACCCUCAUCACCUUCAAAAUCAUAUUUGGAAGAUUCCAGCCGCUAUGCAACCUGUAACCUUGUACAAUGUUUCCUAUUCAGGGACUAGUCGAUCUGUAUCUACUACUUAUAAUUUUACUAGGUUUAAAAUGUAUAAUAUUACUGUUUGUGCACCUCUGCCUUAUGUCUUUUUAGUGGGAACUUUUAAUUUUACACAUUUUUCUUGUACUUGUUUAAAUUGUCAAUUGUUUACAUGCUUAAAUAGCACACUAAAUUUCACUAAGCCUUAUACAGUUAUGCUGUUACAACAAAAAACUCAUAUUUGGUUGCCUGUAAAUUUAACUCGACCAUGGUCUCAAGACCCGGUAAUUUCUGUUACUACUGAAUUUUUUAAACAUCUGUUAAAACGUACAAAAAGAUUUAUUGGAAUAGUGGUUGCUGUACUGUUAAGUCUGAUAACUGUAGCCUCCCUAGCAGCAGUCUCAGGAAUAGCUUUACAAACCUCUUUGCAAGAAAAACAUGUUGUAGAAUUAUGGCAUGAAAAUUCUCAUGAACUUUGGUUAACUCAGUGGCAAAUAAAUGCCAGGCUACAACAACAAAUAGACCUCCUUAAACAAACAGUUGAAUGGAUGGGUAGAAAAAUAUUGGCUCUUCAGCAUCAAGUGUUUUUAAAAUGUGAUUGGAAUUCAACUACUUUCUGUAUAACCCAACGACCUUAUAAUCAAACAGAACAUGAAUGGGAAAUGAUUAGAAUGUAUCUAAAUGGAAACACCUCUGCCCAGGAGGAAAUAGAAUCUUUGCAUAAUCAAAUUGACAAGGAUUUUGCAAAGCAAAAUGAUGAUGAAUCCCUAGCACAAUUCGCGCAAUUGCUUGCUCAAUCUUUGAAAGGAUUAGAUUCCAAAGGAAUCUGGCAGAGCAUAACCCACACUUUUAGUGGCAUGGGACUUAGUUUAAUUAUAGUUCUCAUUGCCAUAGUUCUUGUGUAUUUUUACUGCAUAAGAUGAAAUACUAUUAAUAACCUGAUCCUAUGGAAAUUGUUGUUAAAAAAUAAAAAGGAAGGAAGUGUGGGGGAUGAGGUGUCACUUUGUAGGCCCAACCCCCUCUAACCUGCAAUUUACAAUAGCCGCCCUGGUAUGCGAGAAGGAGGUAGAAUAGGAAUGCCUGUUCUCAGUGAGCCCCUCACCCUCUGGAAUCCAUACUGUGAGCUGGCUUUGUUUUGCAGAAGUCUUGAGGAAGUGGCUGGCCACCCUUUGUGACACUAACAGCAGACAAAUUAACAACAUUCUUGAGCUAAUGAAUUUCUUCCUGGGCUAGAGAAGUUGUGAGAACUGGUUGUGAUUAUUUA